AUGCUUUCUUAUAGAUAAAAUGAGUCAAAAAAACCCAAAAACUUUCACUUAACUAAUAAUUUAGAGACUUCUACGAUAUCAUGUAAAUCAAAGAAUUCCUUCAAAGAUCUAAGCGAUUAUAGAAGUAAAAUUUUACUAAAAAGAAGAUCGCACUCCUGUAGAGAAAACAUUAAACCUACAUUAAAAUUAAGAGAGCGUUACUAAAAUUAAACAAAUGCUUAAUAACUUAGUAUAAACCGAUAAUAAAUCUUCAAGUUCUUUAUUUGGAUAAGGUCUUAGAGAUAAAUAAAUAUAAGACACUAAAUCUACAAGAGGAGAUAGUAUUUGUAAUAUUGCAAUUUAACUUAAGAUUCUAGAAAUGCUUCAACCUCUGGUUAUGUAAAUAAGAAUCCAUUAAAUAAAACAACCAAAACUAACGAUUCUUUUUUCAAAUAAAAUAUCCCUGCCCCAUAAUCAACUCGAGAGUCUAAUUAAAAUAAUGGUAAUCUAUCAAAUCUAUAUUACAUGUUUUAAAAUAAAUAAUCUGACCCAUAAAUUAAGCAAAAUAAUUUAACAUUAUCUUAGUUAGCAAAACAAUAAUAAUAAUAAUAAUAAUAAAAAUAAUCUUAAUAAUAAAGAAAUAGUAAUAACACUACUCCUUAAAAAUCUGGAAAUAAUAUUAAUAAUAAAAAUAUUUCAUCAACUGAAUAUCUCAAUCAAAUAUAAUAACUUAAAUUAAAAAUUGAUAAUAGUUUAUAAAGAAAACCUGUAUAGAAAACAGAAAAAUAAUAAAAAUCCAAUAAUUCUUAAUUGAUUAAAAGUAUCUCAUCUUAGAUAUUAUAAAAAUAAUAAUAAGAUGUUAAUCAUGGAGUAAAGAAGGAAGCAAUUCAAGAAAGAGUAUUUUAAUUAUUACUUGAAAAAGAAUAAUUAUGGAAUCAAAUGAAUACUUCAUUAGAUAAUAUUAACUAAAAUUAAUUAAAUUAACUAUGUUAGUAGAUCUAGUAAUCUUUAAAUUCCCUUUUAGAUCGAAAAAAUGUAUUCAUUUUAAUAAUUAUUAGAGCGAAUACUUAUCUAAAAUAGAUAUGAAUAUCAUUGAUACAUUCUUAUUAGAAUCUUACACAAUACUUAUUAUAGCACUAGAAUAUCUAAAAACUUAACAAAUUUUUGAUUAAAAUUUAAGAAAUCUAAUUGUUUAUGUUGCUCAAAGUAAUUUUUACAUAUUAUAAUCAAUUUUUACUUAUAUUCCAAAUGUAAUAUUUUAUUAUAUUUCAGGAUACAUUGAAAUAAAGAAUUGAUAUGAGAUAAAUUUAAUAAAAGAAACCAUAAAACAAAACUAAAUAAACUUUAUAAAAAAACAAUUUUAUAAUCAAAUCUAUACUAGAAUUAAUGUAAGUAAAUUAUCAAUAAUAGGAAUUGACGACACAAGUCACCCAGAGAUAUAUUCUCAUUUAGGAUUUAAUUCAACUAGUUUAGAUGUUUAUUUUGUUUAACAAAAGAAAAUUCUUCAUUAAAUAGCAAAAGAAAUAAUCUAAGAUGAAAAUCAUAAUAAUUUGAAUUGUAAAAAACCAUCAAAACUAUUUGAAAAAACAAACAAAAUGUUGUUGCCCUUAAAACCAUCAAAAAAUUACACAUUAGUUUUAGAUCUUGAUGAGACUCUUGUGCAUUAUUAGGAAGUAUUUUUAGAUUAAAAAUAAAGCUUCCUAAUGGAGGAGGAUAAUUUUUAGUUAGACCAUUUGCAGAAGAAUUCUUAGAAAAAUUAUCUAAAUAUUAUGAAUUGGUAAUAUUUACAGCUGCUCAACCAGAUUAUGCUAAUUUUAUUAUUGAUAUAAUUGAUAAGUAAAAAUUAGUGACUGCAAGACUUUAUAGAGAACAUACUCUUUUUAAAAAUAAUACAUACCUUAAAGUAAUUUAAUAAAUAUAUGUAGGAUUUAUCAAUUUUAGGUAGAAGUUUGGAAAGAGUUAUUAUAGUUGAUAAUAUGCCAGAUAAUUUUUAAUUAUAACCAGAAAAUGGUAUUUACAUUUUGAGUUGGACAGGUGAUUAAAAUGACCGAGCUCUAAAAGAUUUAAUGCCUUUAUUGGAAUGUAUUAGUUUAUAAAAUUUAAGAAAUUGCAUUAAAAAAAUGUAAAGAUGUUAGAGAUGCUUUAAAUCAGUUUAGGGAGCAAAUGAUCUUAAAAGUUUAACAGGGUAUUAAAAACCCAUAUUAAAAUCUCUCCUUAGAAUGA